GCCAGCCAGCCAAACAGGGCCUGUUGUAAUCAUCAUCAUCAUCUCUAUUGGUGAGGUUUUUGUUUUGUAUUCCAUCUAUCGACUAUCAGAGUGUGUUAGUUUAUUGAUGAUUGCAGAGUGAGUUAGGUUAGGGUUGAGAUGGGAUCAAGAGACGGUGAGAUGGAGAAAGGGUUGCUGUGUGAAGGUGAAGAUGAGGAGGUAUUGUAUUCCGCCAGCUUCUUGGAAGCAGAGGAUGGUUUCAUAAAGCUAAAGACGACACAGUGGAUUCUCUAUUCCUUGUUACUGAUGUUGGCUUGGGGAUUGGGACUGGCGAUGCUUCUCUAUUUACCCCUGCGUCGAUACAUACUUCGUACCAUGAUUCGUUCAAGAAACCUCUAUAUCACCCCCGAUGCCAUUGUCUACAAAGUCACCAAGCCCCUUCCCUUCCCAUGUUUUGGGGUGUUGAAGAAAGAGAAACAUGUGUUGCUGGCUUCUGUUGCUGAUGUCGUCAUUGAACAAGGGUAUCUGCAGUCUCAGUAUGGCGUCUACUCCAUUAGAAUUGAGAAUGUUGACGUAAGAAGGCCACCGAGCGAUGAUGUUCAAAUCGAAGGCGUUACCAAUCCUCAGGCAUUCAGAAAGGCUGUUUUGACGCGCCUUUCGGAUAUGAGAACUCAGGCCUUGUCAUGUAUCCUGGAAGAUGCUGCUACUGCUUCUUCUGAAAAUUUCCAGUCACCGAUGGCUAAUGCUGGUGAGUUUGCAAUACUACAAAAGCUAGACGAAGUUGGGAAUUCUCUCAAGAGAGUCCAAUCCUUGAUUGAGGAGCGACAACCAAAGACAUCUGACUGACGAAGUAAGGUGUGUGCUUUGUUUCCUGCUAAACCACCAAAUCACUGAAUAAAAUGGUUAGCAGCAGGUCGAGUGUUGUAGUAUAAAGCAGGAAGAAUCAAGACUUGAGGUUUAAGGGUGAGAUAGAUCUGAACUGAAGGUGAUGGAUUGAAAUGAUGUAAUUGUAAUCAUUUGUUUUCUAUAUACACAUAGGUUCAUGAAACCACAUAUUCACGCAUUCACUAUUUUGCUCCAUUCUUGGACAUAAAUCAUCGAUUAUCAUUUGGAAUGAAUGAUACCUUAAAUCA